AUGAAGAAAGUCGUACUGGCAUCUGCACUGUUAACAUCCGCGGUGGCGCUGCUCUCCGCAAGCACACUUGCUCGUGCUUCAAACAACGAUGUACCCGUCAUUGAUUUAGGAUACACACAAUAUCAAGGGGUUUUCGAUUCGGUCAACAAUCUUACCAACUAUCUGGGCAUACGAUAUGCGGCACCCCCUACUGGUAAUUUGCGCUGGAGGGCCCCCCGAUCGCCUGAAAGGAACGACAGUUUCGUCCAACAAGCAGAUACACAACCUUCACCUUGCUUUCAAUCUUCUGGCGGUGCUGCUUCCACCAAUGCUCUUGAACUCAGUAAAAGAGCCGGAGUUGACGUGACUGGAGAGCCUACGGAGGAUUGUCUAUUUUUAAACGUUUAUUUUCCCGGAAAUACCGUUCCAACCGAGCUUUUACCAACGUUGGUUUGGAUUCAUGGUGGAGGCUAUAUUGGGGGGAGUGCCGACCAAUAUUCGGGGUCUGACCUCAUGCGCGAAGCUAACAACGAGAUAGUGGUGGUCAUCAUACAGUAUAGACUCGGUCUCUUUGGUUUCCUCUCAGGAUCUGAGAUCAAAGCCAACGGAAUUGAUCAACACUUCGCGUUACGUUGGGUACAGUCUCAUAUUUCGAAAUUCGGUGGGGACCCUUCCAAAGUCACCAUUUGGGGAGAAUCCGCAGGCGCAGGCUCCGUACUACAACAUAUUGUCGCCCAGGAUGGUCAGACAUCCCCACAAUUGUUUCGGGGAGCUAUCACAAGUUCGACAUUCCUGCCUUCUCAAUACAUGUACAACGAUCCCAUUCCCGAGUCCCUGUAUUCAACGGUUGUUUCCCAAACGAAUUGUACAUCCGCGAAGGAUUCAUUGGCAUGCCUUCGUGCUGUAGACGCUGCCGCUCUCGAAAUUGUUAACGGCAAUGUCAAUGUGGCAGGCUUCUACGGGACCUUUGUCUUCGUCCCGGUCGUAGACGGAAGCUUCAUCACUCAGCGCCCUACGGAAGCAAUGAAACAAGGGAAAGUAAAUGGGGAAGCGCUUCUUGCUGUCACCAACUCAAACGAAGGCUUCAUUUUUGUGAAUCAAAGCAACCCAAUCGCGGCGUCGUCGUACGCCAGCAACCUCUUCCCAAAGUUUGGAACGGAAGUCGCAAACAUAACGGCUCAGAUCUAUGCACCUUUCGGAUACUCUCUCGAACAAGAUGAGCUCAUCAUGGGCGAAUCUAUCUUCAUCUGUCCUACGUAUUAUUUACUCAGCGCAUUCCAAAACAAAGCAUGGAAGGGAGAGUUUGCCAUUCCCCCUGCAACCCACGGAUCUGAUGCACCAUAUUACUUCCCGAGCGUAGAGUCCCCACCGUUCAAUAAUUCAGAUUUCCUUGCGGCAUUCCAAGGAGGAUUUAUGUCUUUUGUUGUUUCGCAGGAUCCCAACGAGAAGAUAGCUCAGACUAUUACUCCCGUUUGGGACCUUUAUUCCAAGAACAAUAUAGAGAUGGUCUUCAACAAAACAACCGACAACCAGACUGAUGUUCACGUUGACAGCACUGCCAAUGCUUUGCUUGAACGUUGCAAAUUCUGGAAUGAUCUUGGGAAGUUGACAGGGCAGUAA